AUGGAGAAGAUUCUCGGCUUAUUCUGGAAGGCAUCAACUGAUACAUUUGGGUUUGAUCUGAGAUUCCACAAUGUAGAACCCAGUGUGAUGAACGGAGAACGACGUCCGACAAAGCGAGAACUCCUAAGCGUGGUCAUGUCAAUCUUUGAUCUGUUGGGAUUUCUAAGUAAUUUCGUGGUCAGCGCUAAACUCCUCAUGCGGGAAGUGUGGAAGUACGACAUCCGAUGGGAUGAGCCAUUGCCGAACAUAGUAAACGCUGCAUGGGAGAAGUGGCGUGAACAGUUUCCGGCUGUUGCCGGUUAUGCCAUUCCUCGAUUCUACUUCCGCAAUGGUCUACCCAAAAUCCUGCAACUCCAUAUUUUCGUAGAUGCCAGUGAAGAUGCGUUUGCCGCGGUUGCAUAUUGCAGGUCAUCUAACGCUAUUGGCAAGGUGGAAGUCGCAUUUAUCUGUGCGAAGACCAAAUGUGCACCGAUGAAAACCCUUACCAUACCGAGACUGGAGCUACAAGCGGCAGUUCUGGGCACACGACUGAUGAACUGCGUACGUGAGGAGCACUUGUUGCCUAUCGAAGAUUGUAUACUCUGGAGCGAUUCCCAAACAGUAAUCCAAUGGAUCCGGAGUGAACACCGGCGCUAUAAGCCUUUCGUGCAGCACAGAAUCGCCGAAAUACUAGCUGUCACAACCGUUAAAAAUUGGCGAUGGUUGCCCACUACGGAGAGCGUCGCGGAUGAAGCCACUAGAGCAAAUAAUCGUAUCGAUUUUAGUUCAUCUGCACGUUGGUCCAGCGGUCCGCCAUUUUUACAUCAAGACGAGAACCUUUGGCCAUUAGAAACCUCGUCGUGCAAUCCUCAGAAGGAAGCGGAUAAAGAACUAAGCCAUAAAUACGCUCUUACUAUCCUAACUUGUAAGUUUUUAGACUUUAAUCGAUUCUCUUCUUUCAACAAAUUAGUGAGAACCGUAGCAUGGGUACAGAGGUUCAUCAAUGUUUGCCGCCGCCGUAAUCAAUCAGACCUGUGCUAUGGCUUGACAGCAAAGGAAAUCGAGAUGGCAAAGCUUCGAUUGUGCUGCUUGGUUCAACGUGAUGAAUUCUUUGCAGAGCUUCAGCAGAUCGAAGACGGUAAAGUCUUAGCACGUUCCAGUCCACUAAUUAAGCUCUCGCCAUAUAAGGACGAAGAUGGAGUACUUCGCAUCCGAGGACGCAUAGAUGCCGCCUCGUGGCUUCCAAUGAGUGUGAGGCGUCCAAUAAUAUUGCCACCAAGUCAUGCCUUCACAAAACUUGUCGUGGCACACUACCACGACAACAUGCAUCAUCAAAAUGUAGAGGCUACGAUUUGCGAAAUUCGACGAAGUUUUUGGGUACCACGUUUGAGAAACCUUCUACGCAGUAUAACUGCCAGCUGCGCCGUGUGUCGCUUAAAAAAGGUGAGAGCCGUGUCACCACUAAUGGGUCCGCUUCCAACGGAUAGGCUUACGCCCUAUGUAAGGCCGUUUAGCUAUACUGGUUUAGAUUACUUCGGUCCAGUAACUGUCACCGUACGACGCAGCACCGAAAAGAGAUGGGUGGCGUUAUUUACGUGCUUGUCCGUGCGUGCUGUGCACUUGGAGCUGGCCCAUGAUUUAAGCACAGACUCUUGCAUAGUCGCCAUACGUAACUUUAUAAAUCGGCGUGGUGUACCUGUUGGGAUAAGGUCUGAUAAUGGGAAAAAUUUCGUUGGCGCCGACAUGGAAGCGAAACGGUUCAGCGAGGUAUUUGAUUGUAAUCGUUUGCAAUCCGAACUGUCACAGAAGGGCAUAGAAUGGGUAUUUAAUUCGCCUUUCAACCCUGCGGAAGGCGGCGCUUGGGAGCGAUUUGUGCAAUGCAUCAAGAGAGUCCUACGGUACACUUUAAAGGAGGCGCAGCCGCGCUAG